AUGAACAGCCUUUCUGGUCCCAUUCCGGCAGAAAUAGGGAAACUUGUCAAUCUUGUUGAAGUUGCUCUUGAUACGAACCAGUUAACAGGUCAUAUUCCUCCGGAAAUAGGCAACUUGAUUAAUGCAAAAUUGUUCUAUGCUUUCUCCAAUGAAUUGUCUGGCUCCAUUCCUAUUGAAAUAGGGAAGAUGAAGUCACUUGAGAGUUUAAGCUUACAGAGAAACAAUCUUUCUGGUUCGAUUCCAAAAGCUUUAGUUAACAGGUCAUAUUCCUCCGGAAAUAGGCAACUUGAUUAA